CAGUGUUUUUUUUCCUUCAAAGGGUCGAAGCAAUGACAAACGAAGAGCGUCCAUGUUGUGUCCACUCCACACAUACAUUACUUACUACAUGUACUGGUAACGGUACUAACUAACUAGCUAGCUAGUAUUUGCCUUGGUGAAUUCUAUUAAUAUCGGUCCAGCGCUGCGUCCAGCAAAGCACACUCAAGCUGAGAUACGGUAGAUCAAGUCCAACCGUGAGGCAGAAUCGAAUCGAUCAACUGUACCGGUACAAUGGCUCGUACGCAAAAAGGUCGUCGUCGUCGUAGAAAACCUUCUUCCAAAGUUAAUUAUGAGAUUAUUGAUAAAUACUACGAUCGGGAGAAGGACGAAAUCAUCUUCGAAGACUACGUGAUGUGGGUCAAGCGAAGUUGGAUCAGAUAUGAAGGUUUUGAUGACCAAGACAGCAUGUGGCAGUUCAUGAGAGACUGCGGCGAAUGUGCGCUUGGCAAAUUCCAUGGUACUUCGUCUUGGCAAGAAGUGGACUACAACUGUCCGGACAUCAUCAACAUCAACCAUAGCUCCAGCACUGAGUAUCCUCACAUCAAUCUUCGCAAUCAAGUCUUUGAUUUUCUCUGGUUAAGCCUGGACACUACUACCCAAAAGUUUACCUACGACUUGCUGGAUGAAUACUUCCUGUUCAAGAGCCACAACGACAAAAAAUUGUUUCCCGAUUCCAUGUUGGCCAUGAUCUUUGGAAACGUAAUACGCAGAGACACGGAGACAUUCAGAGUUCAACUCACAAAAAAGCAACAAAUCCUCUUGGAACAUGAGGGCAUUGUAUCACUCAAACAAGAUAAAGAUGAAAUAACCUUCCACAGACCACACGCAGUCAAGCAAAACAAACUCUUCGAAAUGGUGUUCUCCAUCUUUGAGGAUGAUGAUGUUUCAGAGGAUCGGGAUGAAACCAAGGAUUGGACUAUCCCCACAGACCAUUCCAGUACUGGUCCGCUGUUAGCUGCCUUGCUUGCCGUCAAAUUACUUCAAUUUGUUCCCAAUAACCAUCUCCUAUCCGUAAUUCUAUCAAUCUAUGCCAUGCAAUAUGAGCCUCCAAAAGAUGAGGAUGAUGAUGACGAUGACAAGUAUGAAAACAUGUUUUUCGAUCAUGCUAGACCGGUAUACUUGGAGCAUUACUGUCUCGAGGAACAAAAAGAAUUUGAUGAUGACACCCUCUGGCAGCAUGCCGGUGAAGCUUUGCUGGUCCUCAAGUGUCGCAAUAAAGUCUGCGUUCGAGAACUUGAAGACGAGAAUAACGACGAUUGCAGCGUUGACAGUGAGAGCGAAAGCACUGCCAGCAGCACCGAUUGUGAAGACGACAACCAAACAGAGGCCACCUCCACACAAGGGAAUCUGGCUUCCAGCCCGAAUCAUGACGCGGAGAAGAAAACCAAACCCCUCGUGUCUCCUCCUCCCGGCGAUACACAUACUCCCGCUACCAAUGAGGCUGGAACAAACGAGCAAUCAGCUGCUGCGGCAGUUGCAGAGGAAUACCAACAACGUAUGAAAGCUGCAGAGUUGCGCGUGCAGGACAUGGUGCAAAACAGUCUGGCUGAACUGACGGAAAAGGAGAAAAAGCAACAGGCAGAGGCGACAGAUCUGGAAAAUCGAAGGCAACAACAGGAUGCACGGUCGAAACACUUGGCUGCUGGGUGGAAGGAGCUGCGUGCAGAGCGAGGCAAGCACGUGGAGCUACAAAAGAGAGAGAUGGCUUCCAGACUUGAAGAGGAGAGUAAGCUCAAUGCCGCAAAGGAAAAGCUGAAGGAAGAUCAGCUGAAGCUACAGAAGGAGCGUACUGCACAGGAGAGUAAGCUCAAGGCCGCAAACGAAAAGCUGAAGGAAGAUCAGCUGAAGCUACAGAAUGAGCGUACUGCACACGCUACAGAGCAAAAGGAGGUCUUGGCAAAGCAGGAUGAAAAGUGGAAAAGCUUGGAUGAUGGGUGGAAGGAACAGCUUGCAGAGAAAGGCAGGCAAAUGGAGGUUCAACAGAGAGAGACGAAUUCCAGACUUGAAAAGGAGAGGGUGCUCAAGGCUGCCCAGGAACAACUGAAGAGAGAUCAGCAGAAGCUGAAGGAAGAGCAGCGGAAGCUACAGGAGAAUUGGCGGAAAGUGAAGACUGAGCUUGCAAAAGUUACAGCAGAGCCAGUCAGGUUGAUGGGAGAGCUGGAGGUUCGAGAGGCAGAUCUGGCUGAGGAGAGGCGAUACCUGGAUGGGGAGAUGAGUAAUUUGAAGAUUGGGAGGAGCAAUCUGCAUGACAAGGAGAAGGAGCUGGAACAGAGAGAGACGACUUUCAGACUUGAAAAGGAUAAGGAGCUCACGGCUGCACAGGAGCAGCUGAAGCUAGAUCGGCUGAAGCUAGAGGAGGGUCAGCAGAAGCUUGAGGUGGAGCGUGCAACACAGAAAGCAGAGCAUGAGAGGGAGCUGGCAAAGCUGCAGGCUCAGUGGACAGAUUUUGCUGAGAAGAAGGGACAGUUGGAUGAGGACCAGAGAAAGUUGAAUGAUCAGCGAAACAACCUCCAGGCAGAGAAAGCUAGGCAGGAGGAGCUACAAGAGGAGGAGAAGAAUGCUCAGAAGGAGCUUGAGGCGGAGUGUGCAACACAGAAAGCAGAGCAUGAGAAGGAGCUGGCAAAGCUGGAGGCUCAGUUGGCAGAUCUGGCUGAGAAGAGGCGACUUCAGGAUGAGGAAAAGAAGAAAGCGGAAAUGAAGGAAGACGAGAGAGCACGAAAGGCUGAGCGCGAAGCAAAUAAGAGGGAGCGAGAGGUAACGAAGAGGGACGAAGAGGUGAAGAAGAGAGAAGAAAAGGUGAAGCAGCUUGAGAAGCAGCUCAACGAUGGUUGGCAGAGCAUGGAGAAGGAGCGUGCGGAGCAAAGUAAGAAAGGCAAACGAUUGGAGGAAGACAGGGCCAAGCUGCGUAAGGAUCAGAUUGAGCUGGAAGCCAAAAAGCAAAGACUAGAGAACGAUGCGAAGAAAUUGGAACAGAAGAAGGAGGAAAGAGCAAGGGAGAAGGCAGAGCGGGAGGCGAAGCGGGAAGAAAAAAGGGCACAGAAAGAGCGGCGCAGGCAACAGAAAGAGCAGCUUAAGCAAGAGAAGGCACUUGCCAAGGAGGACCGCAAGAAGCAGAAGGCGCAGAAAGAGCAGCAUGAGGCACAAGCAAAGGGCAAGGAGGCGGAGGCCGAGGCCAAGACUACCCAGGAACAGGAUGAGCAGCGCCAGAAGCCCAGAGAGGAGACGAUCCACAACCAAGAGCAUGUCCACCGGGAAGUGCACGUCAACCAGGAUGACAUCAUCCAGGACGACGAGCCUCAACCACAGGAAGCGAGAGGAAAGGCGAGCUCAGCACUAUCCCAGGUGCCUGGGUCUGGCAAAAAGAAAGGAACGAAGAAACGGAAAGCAGCAACCCCGAUUCGUCCGGGUUGCGCAAUCAGUGACAAACGAAUCAAGAAUCAUUAACUAUUGAAUGUAUGUACGCGAUGUUUUUGUUGAAGGAGGAUGCUGUUUGUAGGGAAAUAGGUAUUAUUUUGUGUUUGUACGACAUUAUCGCACGAGCAGUUGGUCUACCAGCUUGAAACUGGCCUGAUGGUUCUCUGCUUUGCUCGUUCGUACUAGCUAGCCGAUUAUUUGUUUCUGA